GGGCGGGGCUCUGUCGCCGCCAUGGCCGCGAUCAAGCACCGGCGGACGGCCCUGGAGCGAGUGGAGAAGUUCCUCUCCGAUACCUACUUCACCGACUGCAACCUGCGGGGCAGGCUUUUUGGGGAUCGCUGUCCACCCGCAUCGCUCUCGUACUUCCAGACUCCGCGGCGCAUCUCGUACGAGGAGGCUGUUGUGCAGGAAUUCAGGCCAACUCAAGUGGGAGACUCUUUUGGGCCCACAUGGGAGACGUGCUGGUUUAAGGUGGAGCUGAGCAUCCCCCUGGCAUGGGCAGGGCAGGAAGUGCACUUUGUCUGGGAGAGCGAUGGGGAGGGCAUGGUGUGGAGAGAUGCCCAGCCUGUGCAGGGAUUGACUAAGGAAGGUGAGAAGACCAGCUACAUCCUGACAAGAAGCCUGAAAGAGUCAGAGCCCCACAGCCUGACUCUGUACGUGGAGCUGGCCUGCAAUGGGCUUUUUGGAGCUGGCAAAGGCAGCAUGAUCGCCCCUCCGGACCCAGACAGGAGGGUUACCCUGAGCAAAGCUGAGCUGGUUGUCUUCAACAGAGAUGUCUAUGAACUGCUGGUGGAUCUGGAAAUACUGCUGGACAUGGCUCAGUUGUCUGGGCUUGAUGACCUUUGUGGGUCCCUUCCAACUCAGAAUAUUCUAGAGCAGGAGAAAACUGAACUGAGUGAAGCCACAGGUGUUUUUUCUUCCACUUUCUGCUCCAAAGCAGGAUGUGUUAACCAUGGUCCCCUGGAAUGGGCAUAUGUGGAACCUGGAUUUGGAAGGCAUCUCCUCGGGGAGGAAAACCAGAGGAGUUUCCAGGCACUGUACACUGCCAACCAGAUGGUCAACGUGUGUGAUGUUACGGACCUCUCCACCCUUCCUGCUGCACAUGACCUGGCUGCAGCCAUCUUCAGCCAGAGGAACGGCGAGAGCCAGCACACCAUCCAUGCCGUGGGACACUGCCACAUCGACUCUGCCUGGCUGUGGCCGUACGAGGAGACCGUCCGUAAGUGUGCCCGGAGCUGGGUCACCGUGGUCCAUCUGAUGGAGCACAACCCAGAGCUCACCUUCGCCUGCUCCCAGGCGCAGCAGUUUGAGUGGGUGAGGAGCCGCUACCCUGGGCUCUAUGCACGCAUUCAGGACUUUGUGGCCAAGGGACAGUUCAUUCCUGUUGGAGGCACUUGGGUGGAAAUGGAUGGGAACCUGCCCAGCGGGGAGUCCAUGGUGCGGCAGUUUCUCCAGGGACAGAGGUUCUUCCAGGAGCAGUUUGGUCGGAUCUGCUCGGAGUUCUGGCUGCCGGACACGUUUGGGUACUCGGCCCAGCUGCCCCAGCUGAUGCGUGGCUGUGGGAUCCAGCGCUUCCUCACACAGAAGCUCAGCUGGAACCUGGUGAACUCCUUCCCUCAUCACACCUUUUUCUGGGAAGGCAUUGACGGUUCCCAAGUCCUGACCCAUUUCCCCCCUGGUGAUUCCUAUGGGAUGCAUGGGCGAGUGGAAGAGAUGCUGAAAACAGUGAAGAACAACAAGGACAAAGGCCGUGUGAACCACAGCGCAUUCCUCUUCGGCUUUGGGGAUGGAGGAGGGGGACCCACGCAGAAGAUGCUGGAUAGGAUGAAAAGAAUGAGUGACACAGAUGGGCUGCCCAGAGUGCAGAUCUCUACUCCCGACCAGCUCUUUUCUGUCUUGGAGAAGGAGUCAUCCCAGCUGUGCACCUGGGUGGGAGAGCUCUUCCUCGAGCUGCACAAUGGCACCUACACCACCCAGGCCCAGAUAAAGAAGGGGAAUCGGGAAUGUGAGCGGAUUCUCCAUGACGUGGAAGUGCUCAGCAGCCUGGCUGUGGCUCAGGAUAGAGCAUUCCAGUACCCUGCCAGCCAGCUCCAGCAGCUCUGGAGGUUAUUGCUGCUCAACCAGUUCCAUGAUGUCCUGCCAGGCAGCUGUAUCCAGCUGGUGGUUGAGGAUGCCCUGCAAUACUACACAGAGAUCCGCAGGGCUGGUGCUCAGCUGCAGGAGGAAGCUGUGCAGUCCCUGUGCAGGGAUCUGCUGCAGCCCGAGGUGAGGAGCACCCCGAGCACCCUGGUGUUGAAUACGUUGUCCUGGGAACGCACCGAGGUGAUCUCCAGGCCUGGGCCAGAUGGAACAGAGACUUUGGCUCUGGUGACAGUCCCCAGCAUGGGCUAUGCUCUAGUGCAGGAGCCAUUUGUGCCUCCUCAGCCUGUGGCAGUGAGGAAACAGGAGGAUGGCUCCAUCACCAUGGAGAAUGGGGUGAUUGCUGUCUGCCUGGACACAAUGGGGCACCUGACCUCGCUUCAGCUGCUGGACUCCGGGAGAGAGUCAGUCCCAGAUGGCUGCUAUGCCAACCAGUUUGCACUCUUUGAUGAUGUUCCCCUCUACUGGGAUGCCUGGGAUGUGAUGGAUUAUCACUUGGAAACCAGGAAGCCAGUGACAACGCUGCUGAAGCCUCUGGAAAUCACUCUGGCUGGGGGCCUGCGGGGAAGCGUGAGGUUCUCCCUGCAGGUCGGGAAAAGCAGCACCUUAAGCCAGGAGAUCAUCCUGGAUGCCGCGUGCCCGUACCUCCGCUUCCUGACCCAGGUUGAGUGGAAGGAGGCUCACAAGUUCCUGAAGGUGGAGUUCCCUGUGCAGGUCCGGAGCACAAAUGCUACCUACGAGAUCCAGUUCGGACACCUGCAGCGCCCAACGCACUGGAACACGUCCUGGGACUGGGCUCGGUUCGAGGUGUGGGCUCACAAGUGGCUGGAUCUCUCUGAGCAUGGCUUCGGGGUAGCUCUGCUGAACGACUGCAAAUACGGAGCAUCAGCCCACAGGAACGUCCUCAGCCUCUCCCUGCUGAGAGCACCCAAGUCCCCCGAUUCCACGGCAGACAUUGGGCACCACCAGUUCACCUACGCUGUGAUGCCUCACCAGGGUUCCUUCCAGGAGGCCGGUGUGAUUCAGCAAGCCUACAACUUGAAUUUCCCCCUGCACAUGGUCCCGGCCAGCUGUGCCCAGUGCUCACCCUGGAGUGCCUUUUCUGUCAGCUCACCUGCUGUCGUGCUGGAGACUGUCAAGCAGGCCGAGGACAGACCUGAGGCUCUGGUGGUUCGGCUCUACGAGGCCCAUGGCAGCACAGUCACCGCCUGGCUCCAAACCUCCCUCCCCGUUAAGGAGGCGAUGCUCUGUGACCUCCUGGAGCAUCCGCUUGCGCAGGGCCACGUGCCGCUGGAGCAGCGGGGCCUGAGGCUUUCCUUCACGCCCUUCCUCGUGCUCUCCGUGCUCCUGCUCUGGAGCCGCUGACACCAAACAUCGGCCCUUGCUGAUGCUGCAGCACCCGGAGCAGCAGCGUGAGCUCAAAUCACAGUCUGAGCUGUUCCCCAUCCCAAGAGCUGUGCAAGGCAGCGCUUCCAGGGAACGGCAGGGUGCCCCUGUCUGCACCCACGUGCAGCGCUUGAGCAACCUCGCUCCUCAGGGAAGGACAGCUGCCCACAGCCCAGCCAGGGCAGGUGGUCUGGAGUGAGUUCUGAGCUCACUGGUGGCCCUGCAGGGGCUCUGCUCCAGCUGUAGAGGUUUGGGGGGCAGCAGCUUCCACAGUGACACCUAUGUCUCAACCUUCAUCUUGUCUAUCAGUGAGUGGAAAAACACACUCCACUCCUCCCUUCUCCCCCUGCCUGCCCCUUGCACUGCCCUUGAAGAAGA